CAAACUCGGCGUCGCUACGAAGACACUUCCGGUUCCUCCGCGGGGCGGGCUCAUAAGGCCUGACAGAGACCUUUGGGCAGGCUAGGUCUUCGGACCGGGCGGCCUGGCGGGACCAUGGACCGAAAGAAAAAGCCUUUGGACGUUACAGCCUCCUCGUUGGUAGAUCUUAAGGCUGAGCUCUUCCGAAAACAAGAAGAAUUCAAACAAGAAAAACUUCUAAAAGAUUCUGGAGUUCUUGGAAAACCAAAGACAACUAAUAAGAAGCCAAGUAUCUGGACCAAGCAGAAUGCUGGUGUUUCCAGUCGAGCAGAGAAGGAUGCUGAACAGAAGCUUGAGGAGCAGAAGACUUUAGACAAAGCAAGGGAAAAAUUGGAAGAAAAGGCCAGAUUAUAUGAAAAGAUGACUAAAGGAGAUUUUCCAGAUGAGGAAGUGGAGGAGAUGUACCUUGUGGAUUUCACACAGAAGAUCAUAGACAAGCGAAAAGAAAUGGAGGUGCUCAGUGCCACUAGAGAUUCUCAAAAUGCAGAAGAGAGAGAUGAUGAUGAAGAGUUUUCUGAAAAAGACAUACCUCCUCCCCAAGACCCCAGCGAGGAAUGGGUGGAUUAUGUGGACUCUUUGGGCCGAUCCCGGCGAUGCAUGAGAAAGGAUUUACCAGAUCUAUUGGAGAUGGAUAAAAAUCUUCAGGGAAGACUUUUCGUCAGUCCUGCUAAUGAAAAAACUUUAUUAUCUGAAGACAUGAGGAAAGAACUUCAGCGCCAGCAAUGGGAAGAAGAAGAAAGAGAGGCCCUGAAAAAACCAAUGGGGCCCAUUCAUUAUGAAGACAUUCGGGAAAAUGAGGCCCGGCAACUUGGUGUUGGGUAUUUUGCCUUUGCUCGAGACAAAGAGUUGAGAAACAAGCAAAUGAAAACUUUAGAGAUGCUUCGUGAACAGACAACAGAUCAAAGAAUAAAACGAGAAAACAUAAAAGAAAAGCGAAAGGCUAUGUUAGAAGCAAGACUUGCCAAACUUCGACAAAAAAAAAUGAAAAAAUCAAAGGAAGAUGGGACUGAAGAAGAAAACAGAGAUGGAGAUGUUACUGAGCUUUCGCCAUCAGAACCAAAGGCUGUACCUGCUCCACCGCCUGUGGUCCAGAACAGCAAGGUAGAAGUCAUCAUCCAGGAGAGGAAGGAUACCAAGCCUGGAGUGCCACACAUCCGAGAGUGGGACCGAGGAAAAGAAUUUUCCUUUGGAUACUGGUCGAAGAAGCAGUCAGAACUCCGGGCUGAGCGAGAUCCUGAGUUUGCCCCACCAUCGAAUUACUUUGUGGGUCAAAAAAGAACUGGUCCUUUCAGUAGCCAGCCAUGGAGCAGACUGGGAUCAGCACAGAGUGACUUGGGGCAUUGCUCUGGCCAGAGCCAAGAACCCAGCUCUUCACACACGUCCACUUCUGCCCCUGAAAACCCACCACAAGCAUCCACAGUCACUUUCCAAACACUAGAUGAUAUGAUAUCAUAUUAUAAACAAGUCACAUGACCUUGAAAAGCAUGCUGGUUGCAUUUGUGUCAUCAGAAGUCAGGACAGGACUGAGUUUUACGUCUUUCUUCCUGUCCUUUCCCAAGGAUGCACAGGCUUCAGGCCAGAUUAGUUGGCAGGGAGGAGUGAGUGUACCCAUGGGAGCUCAUUGGCUACUUGCUGUUCAUUUUUUAUCGCUUGGUAUAGAGGGAACUUAUCUCCUCUCCUCCAUGCUGACCUAGUUGUAACUCAUUUCCAGGUGUGUGAAUGGUAAAUACUAAUCUGAAAUUUGA